GAGGAGAGCCAAUAUCCCCCACCCCUGCGCAGGGCGGAGGAGCGCGUCCCGCGCCGGGCCGCCUCCUGCACCGAGCGCAUCUCCGGAGCGGUACAGGAGAAUGCAGGUCCACAGGGACGCGCGCGCGGGGCUCCUGCUGCCAUGGGGCUGGGUAGCUCUCUGCCUGAUGAGUCUGCUGCAUCUAAAUAACUUGACUUCUGCUACCACGGAGACAUCUACACAAGGAAUAUCCCCAUCAGUUCCUACCAAUGAGUCCAUUGAGGAAAAUAUCACAUCUAGCAUCCCUGGAAGUACCAGCCACUACUUGAUCUAUCAGGACAGCAGUAAGACCACACCAGCCAUCUCAGAGACUAUGGUCAACUUUACAGUUACCUCUGGGAUCCCUUCAGGCUCUGGAACUCCACCCACUUUUUCACAACCACAGACUUCCCCAACUGGCUUACUGCCUACUACUUCAGACAGUUUUUCCACUUCAGAGAUGACCUGGAAGUCCAGCCUGCCAUCUAUAAAUGUUUCUGAUUAUUCGCCUAAUAAUAGCAGCUUUGAGAUGACAUCACCCACCGAGCCAUAUGCUUACACAUCAUCUUCUGCUCCGAGUGCCAUUAAGGGAGAGAUCAAAUGCUCAGGAAUCCGAGAAGUGAGGUUGGCUCAGGGUAUCUGCCUGGAACUAAGUGAAGCAUCUAGUUGUGAGGAGUUUAAGAAGGAAAAGGGAGAAGAUCUAAUUCAAAUACUGUGUGGAAAGGAGGAGGCUGAUGCUGAUGCUGGUGCUAGUGUCUGCUCCCUGCUUCUAGCCCAGUCUGAGGUUAGGCCUGAGUGUUUGCUGAUGGUCUUGGCCAAUAGCACAGAACUUCCCAGCAAACUCCAGCUUAUGGAAAAGCACCAAUCUGACUUGAGAAAGCUGGGGAUCCAAAGCUUCAAUAAACAAGAUAUUGGGAGCCACCAGAGCUAUUCCCGAAAGACUCUUAUUGCAUUGGUCACCUCUGGAGUUCUGCUGGCCAUCUUGGGCACCACUGGUUACUUCCUGAUGAACCGUCGCAGUUGGAGCCCUACAGGAGAAAGGCUGGGUGAAGACCCUUAUUACACGGAGAAUGGUGGAGGCCAGGGCUAUAGCUCAGGACCUGGGGCCUCCUCUGAGACUCAGGGAAAGGCCAAUGUGACCCGAGGGGCUCAGGAGAACGGGACCGGCCAGGCCACUUCCAGAAACGGCCAUUCAGCAAGACAACAUGUGGUGGCUGACACAGAACUGUGAUUUGGUUGGGUGGGCAACUGGGUGGUAUCCAGGAAAGUGGCAUCUCUUGUCUCUGACUUCAUGCUGCCUUCAGCUCAUGUCCGGCCUUCUCCUAUUACAUACACUUCUGAAACUGUUCCUGGGACUCUUCACAUUUGGGAAGGCAGAUAAACUGCCCUCUGCACAUUCAACUUCCUGAAUCCAAUCUCUGACCUUUGGGUCAAGUUGUGGUGGGAAGAAGCCUAGGUCUAGAGGAGCUGCCAAGAAGGUGGUGGCUAUGUAGCACUUGCCCUGGACCCAUUUCUCCUCUCUCGCCUCUUCACAGGAACUCUCCAGAAGACUAGCUUUUCUAAGCUACCACUUCUUCCCAGGAAACUUUACUAUUUUUACUGCUUCUUCCCCUACUUUAUGGAAACCAAGGUAUUCACUGACACGUGCUCCCUUGCAAGGGUACAGCCAGAAAAGUGCUAUUUUAAAAUACAUCCUUUAAAAAUGCAUCCCUUAUAACUUCAAGACACUGUGGAUUUAGUCACCAACUUCUCUCUUGUUCACCUGUUCCUGAAUGUCUGUCUACAGAGGCCAGGACAACUUUCUGUCUGGAGCCUGCUCAAUGUUUUAAAGCAACAGCUCAAUCUGAUCCCUUGGGCCCACACAGAAAUCUCAUUGGUUCAACUUAGACAGGACAGUGGAACUAGACUUUGAACUGAGCCUCUGUUUUUUGUUUUAUUUUAUUGCUGGGGUUUGAACCCAGAGCUUCACACAUGUUAGGCAAGUGUUCUACCAUUGAGCUAUAUCCCCAUCCCUCCUCCCCCUUUUUAUUUAGAGACAAAGUCUCAUGUAUGUGAUCAGGCUUGCUUUGAACUAUAUAGUCCAGGCAGACCUUAAACUAAACUCUUUCUUUAGGCUUCCAAGUAGCUUGAGCUACCAGACCCAGCUGAGCUAAACCUCCUGACCUGAGCUCUUCAAAGGAAGCCUCUUGCUCUGAGGCCCUUGGCCUUCUCUAAAUUACAUGACUUCCCCCUUCCUCUGACUCCUGGGGGAGCUAUGGCCUCAGUCCCCUGGCAGAUACCUUUCUGUCUGUGCCUUUCCUAGUCCAAACCCCUUCACUAUUUUAUAACCCUUUGUGAUCAGAGGUUCAGAAUAUCUACAAAGACUAUAAGCUUCCUCUCCUGGGGUUAAGGGGAGAACAGGGGUCCUGAUUUUAAUGAUGGCUAGGAACAAAACUUUCCAGAGAUGAGAGGAUUGGGUGUAUUCUCUUCUGAAUAAACGUGAUGAGUGAAAAUGAUGUAAUUAAAGUGAUGAUGAAAUCUUUGAUGUGGCCCUAUAAUGCUGACUGUGCUAACUGACUUACUGGUUUCCAUAUCAGGCUUGGGAAGAUUGUAUGGCAGUAUGGGGAAAGUCAACCAAGGAGGAGACUGCCAUAGGAAAGGGACACAGGUACCAGCCAGGACACCCAGAACUUGCGACUUUGUGAAAAGUUCCUUUCCAUGUUGAGAGGCAGAGAGGUUGAAAGCUUUCCAUAGUAGGGAGAAGGGCAGGCUGAAAUGUUCUUUCAAAGGGGUGAGGCAUGUUGGGUAUUCAGAAACAUCUUUCUGAGAAGAGAGGCAUAUAAGCAGCUGCAUGCAAAAUAUACAAAUGAGGGGGUAAAGGAGUCAUAUUAUAUGAGCAUCCUCUAACCCAGCUCAUAGCACAACCAGACAGGACUAUGUGAGCUCUAUUCUGUAUCUGGCUACCAAUCCCAGAUUACAGCAGCCACAUAUAAGCACUUGCUCACACCAGAUUCUAGGUGAUCUGCCCUCA